CAAUCUCAACGUUCCGAGGAGGUGUUUGAAGGAGCUUCUAGUCAUCAUGAAUGAUGCAUCCACGUCUUUGCUUACAGAGCAUUUUAGCUACACUCCCUUGUCCCUUAUCGACGACAUAAUCAAUUCAGUGAAUAAUCUCAUUUACCAAGCGAUAUCCAGUCUUGAAAAUGGCAUGCUCAACACGCCGCCGGAGCGAUUGGGCUUUCGGCACGCGGACAACACGAUCCCGGACACCGACGACGACGGGAACAUACAGUACCCCGAGGCGCGUCUUGAGAUCGAGAAUGGACUGCACCAACUGGAGACGCUGUUCGAGGCGACAGUAGAUAAGGCGUUCGAUAAGUUCGAGAUCUACGUUCUGAGAAAUAUUCUGAUGGUGCCGGAUGAUUUGGUGGGAUGGAUUCGAUUGAGCCAUCACGAGAAUGUAUCGUUUGAACCGCUGCCAGAAGACGCACCUACACACAAGUCCAUCACUCUCCAACGCGUAAAACUCCGUGAAACCCGAAAGUUGAAUAAUCUGCUCCGAAGGGAAAGCGCACGGAACGAUAUCUUAAUAGCCCAGCUCCGCUCCAUGCUAUCAGUGGGAGAAUCAACCAGCGAAAAUCCAAAAGCUGCGGGCGGAAACGGCCGUACCAGCGCUCUUAAUCCCCAGUUGCCCAACUUGUCAUUCCUCUUCACCGACCCGGCUGCCAAACAACUUAAUGUUGGCGAUGAUGGUGGUCCUUCACACACUCCAAUCACUACGAAUACAACAUUUAUACUCUCACAGCUCCCUGCAUUACAGGCGACAUUGACACAGCUACGACCAAAGCUAGUAACGUUAGCUACGCCGGCGGAUCAGAUAGGAGAAUCAGAUUCGAAGCGCGAAGAGAGGAGACGAUAUAUCGAUAGCCGAACACACCUGCAUCUGGAGCGAAUUGGUAAAUUGGUUGCCGGAGAAGGUCUUCCGAGAGGAAGGAGGAUCAAUGAGAAAGAGGUGCAGGCGCUCGAGAAUGUCGUGGGAAUGCUAACAAAAUAAAGACUGUGUUAUGGGUUAUGUUUUAACGAAUGAAUAAUGCUUUGAUACUAUGGGUAGGUUGGCUUGAAGGUAGGAGUUAGCGAAAUGGUGUUUUGGAAUCUAUACGGAGUAUAGAUAUGGGGGGAGCACAGGUUAAUUUACCCACUAACAGGUAUUUUCCUUGCUGAUAGAAG